UCUUCUUCUUAUCCCUCUUCUCAAUUAGUAAAAUGGGAGCCUUGUCGAAAACGCUGACGGCUUCACUGGUGCUCUGUUGCGUGCUUCUUCUCCUCGCCGAAGUAGAUCACCAUACCGUCAUGGACCUCACUCAUGGAGCAGCUCCCAACCCCUUACCCCCGGCCAUAGAUUGUGGAGUGGCUUGUGAUGGAAGGUGCAAACUAUCGUCGCGGCCGCGCCUGUGUAAAAGGGCCUGUGGAAGUUGCUGUAACAGGUGCAACUGUGUUCCUCCGGGCACUGCUGGUAACUUGGAUGCUUGCCCUUGCUAUGCUAAUCUCACCACCCACAACCAAACCCGCAAAUGCCCUUAAUUAUUCCAUUUUGUUGUCAAUUAAUUUAAGUACAUGCAUAUAUAUGCUUGCUCAGAGAUGGUAGCAUUUGCUGUCAGCUUGAUCAAUCAUAUAUAUUGUUGUCUUCCACCAGAAUAAAGUUGAUCAUCGAUCAUGUCAAAAACUUGUACCUGAAUCAUUAUUUGAGAUAUAAUGUUG